UCCCUUUGAUGAAAUCUAGUUGUUUGUGUCUAUUAAUUGUUUGAACGAACUGCGGUUACCGAUUUGGCUGGAAACUGUAUUUGAUUUGAUUAUCGAAGCAUUUUUACUUGGCGAAGCGCCAGUAAUUUCUGUGAACUACAAGUAGAAGUUCGUCGUCAGAAUUCAAAUUAGAAAAUAGGUCUGAAAAUUGAAAAAAAAAUUCCUCUUCUGGUUGCUAAAUACUCAAACCUUUAGUGAAGUUUUGAGGCAAAUGUUCGUCAAAUAUGCCAAGCAUUAGAGCUCCAGCUGCAAGGAAAGCCACUACCCUUUCGGUAGCAGUGAAAUGUAGGCCAUUGACGGAUAGAGAAGGUGGCCGCGAUAUAGUUAGAGUAAACAAUGAUAAGGAGGUUGUUAUUCUGGAUCCUGACCUGUCAAAGGAUUACUUAGAUCGCAUACAGAAUCGUAGCAAAGAACGAAGAUAUGCUUUUGAUUAUGCAUUUGGACCUAAAUCUACAAAUUUGGGCGUCUAUGAGAGAAGUAUUCAGUCUACAAUUGCUGGGGUUAGUCAAGGCCUGAAUGCAACUGUCUUUGCUUAUGGCUCAACAGGCAGUGGAAAAACAUAUACAAUGGUUGGAACUAAAGAUGACCCUGGACUUAUGGUUCUGAGUCUUAACACUAUAUUCAAUCGUAUCAAGAAUGACAAAAGCUCUGACGUGUUUCAAGUUACUUGCUCCUACCUUGAAGUCUAUAAUGAGGUAAUCUAUGACUUACUUGAGAAGUCAUCGGGUCACUUGGAGCUCAGAGAGGAUCCAGAGCAAGGAAUAGUGGUUCCUGGCCUUAGAUGUAUCAAGGUUAAUUCAGCUGAUAAAAUCCUUGAGCUUUUAAAUUUGGGGAACAGCAGGCGAAAAACAGAAAGCACAGAGGUCAAUGAAACUUCAUCACGUUCUCAUGCAGUGUUGGAGAUUUCUGUGACUAGGAAACAGAGAGACAAAUACUCUAAUCAGGUUAUAAGAGGAAAGCUGGCACUUGUGGAUCUUGCUGGAAGUGAACGAGCUUGUGAAACAAAUAGUGGAGGUCAAAAGUUGAGAGAUGGUGCAAACAUUAAUCGAUCUCUUCUUGCUUUGGCAAACUGCAUAAAUGCUUUGGGGAAACAACAGAAGAAGGGGCUAGCUUAUGUUCCUUACCGCAACAGUAAAUUGACACGAAUUCUGAAAGAUGGUCUGAGUGGUAAUUCUCAAACAAUAAUGAUUGCCACCAUAUCACCAGCUGUCAGCCAGUAUCACCAUACUGUGAAUACCUUAAAGUAUGCUGACAGAGCGAAGGAAAUUAAGACACACAUUCAGAAAAACAUUGGAACAAUCAAUACUCACGUUUCAGAUUACCAACGGAUGAUCGAUAGCCUUCAAAUUGAGGUUAGCCAGUUGAGGAAGGAAUUAGCUGACAAAGAAACACAACUAAUUGCCAAGCCUACUGAAAAAGCGUCAGAUGACGAGCUUUCUUGGCUGGACACGUUGAGCCAUGAAACCAGUGAAAAUGUCCAGGAGAGGAUAAAUUUACAGAAGGCCUUGUUUGAGAUAGAGGAGAUGAACAUUAGCAACCAUAAUGAACUCCAAAAUCUUGAUGAUGCAAUUGCAAAACAACAGGCUGUUGAAAAGGAUGGGGCAGUCGUGCGAGCUCUUAGAGCAAGACGUCAAGUCGUUCUUGAUAAUAUUCGCGACAAUGAUGAGCUCAGUAACAAUUAUCUGAAGGAAAUUGAAGUAAAUGAGAAGCGGAGGUGUGAACUCCAAGCUAUGAUUGAUGAAGCUAUUAGCAAUAAUGGAAACAAGACUUACUUGAGAGUUCUGAGUCAAUACAGGCUUCUGGGAAUUGCUAAUACUGAGCUUCAGCUUGAAAUAGCGAUGAGAGAUCAAAUAAUUCACAAUCAAAGGGAAACACAAAAGAAUCUGUGGAGUUUACUCCUUAGUUUAGGCCUUGAUGAAAAGCAGAUAACGGAUCUUGCCCUUAAACAGGGAAUAACUAUUGAAGACUGGACAAUGACUGCCCAAAUUCAAUUAUCUGAUAGAAGACAGUCGCCAAACACAGGAAGUGGAACAUAUACUACCUUAUCUUCCUCUCCACCAACUUUUCAACUUGGUGCUAACAUGCCACUUGAACAAUACUUCUGUUCUACGCCAAUUUCAUUGAGAAAUCGGAGACCACCACUUAUCCAUUGCAGAGAUGAAGACCACAGUUCUUAUUAUUUGCAUGACUACUCCCCAUCAGAAAAUAUGACACUGAAUGAAGGCGAAAGUUGUUUCAAAGAUGGGACUUCACUUCAUGAAGUUCCUAAUAGGCAUCCUCUUGAAUUUUGCAGUUCGUAUGCACCGACAAGAAACCAAUUUUCUUCAUGCAGUGAAAGUGGCAUGACAGUGACCCCCUCCCAUGUGGAUUUCAGGCAGCAGCAGAUGGAUGUCCAGUCAAGCUCUAUCAGGCAGCAAAUACGGCCAAGCUGCCAUGCAGAUAUAAGCAACACCGAUUACUUUCACCAUGGAAUUACGAUGGUUCAUAGGGUAUCAAGGCAUGGUCGGUUUCACAGUAGCCCCUUAACCCAGAACUUUGCCUCACUCAACUCUAAUCAUGUGCGUCCAAAACUUGGGCUAUUUAACCUGCAAGAUAUGCAGGUGCCUCCUUCCCGUGAUACAACCAAGAAAGUUUCAUUAAGUUCCAAUAGCCGUGAAGCUCAGCCACCAAGAUUUGCUUAAACAAUCUAUUCUUUCAUUUGAUUCCUUUUUUCAAUUUGCCCCUCCAAUUGUACAUAAUAUAGUAUUAGAGGUUUUAUUGUCAUUUAGUGGAUCCAGUAGUUGGCAUAGAUUAUUCAAUUAAUUCGAGUCUUAUAACAAGGUAAAGACUAAAGAAUGUAGUUGUGCUGCUGCUGCUGCCUGCAGUGGAGUGCACUGCAUACUUCAGUAGUGUGAGCUUUUGGAAGUUGCCGGCAGUUGAUGAAGCAGUUAAACGUGAGUCAUAGAGUCCAAAUUUUCUGUAAGCUCUUGGAGAACUCACAAUGACUUGCUAAAUCGUUGCUGGUUUUGAGUUCUGCUACUCAUAUCUAUGUAUUAUCACAA